ACACACUAACACACACUAACACACAGCCUGGGCUGCAGGCUUCCCCCCAGUGCCCUGGGAGAGAGCCCCUUUUCAUAAAUCCAGCUGAAGGCUCCUAUUCACUGGCUGCCUGGGAACCUGGAACAAGUCAUUCCUAUUUCAUAUCCCAAACUGCUGCCUGAUCCCAUUCUGCCUCUUAACCCUCCAAUGCCAUGAAAUAAACUGCACACACUCACACACUCACACACUCACACACUACUACACACACACAGGUACCUAUCCAUGAAUGGACCUUCUGCGUCACCAUCGCUAGAGGAGCCAAUGUGUAGGGGGCACCUUCCCCCCAGUAACUUUCCCUUUUUAUGAAUGAAGCGGAGUAGGGAGGCUGUUACCGGCGCUGCGUAUUCCGAGCAACCAGUGGGCAGCCGCUCCGAUUGCGCUCCCUCCCCGGCCCCUCUCGUCUCUCUCAGUCGCUUCUGCUUCUUGUGGCUGAUGAGCUGGAGGCUGCCGGGUCGCUAGGGGAAAGGGGCUGCCCCCAUACACCGAGGAAGCGAUUCAGUCGCAGAGACGCAUUGUAACAGAUAUACAUAUCAGGAGUCACAUUGUAUCCAGAGUUAUGUCCUCAGGUCGCAUGUGCCUGUUGAGACCGAUUCCAUUCAGGGUUCCGAUCUAAUAGAAUUGUAUCCAGAACCGACAACAUCUUUCUGCCCCGGGCUAACAUCUGCCCUCGUUUUUUGCGGAGAUCCAAGCUAAUAAGAUCCAGAGGGUUCCGGAUAAGUUCUGUCCAAAAUGAGUGGGGAUCGAACCCGUCCAGAAUAAGAGAGGAGCAAAUCGCAGCGCCGAAUGCAGAGUUGUACAUCUGUACUCGUCUGUCCUGAGAUCACUUCUAUCCAGAGAGAGGAACAGUCGCAGCGAAGUCAGUUGCAACCAGAGGGAUCGCCGACUAGAAAGUCUAGGGAAGGAACAGCUCCAGAUCCAGAAAGGGCCAUACCAAUCGUGGAGGAAAGGGGGGUGAGAGUCCAGAACCCCUACAUUGGGCCAGGAGAGCAGUAGGGCUGUUUGGUUCCCAUGGUGGAAGCUUCAGUGAGUAUAGAAAAAAAAUCGGGCUAAAAGUUUGGCUGAAGCUUUGGAGCAAAGUAAACAAACCCAUGCCACUGAUUCCAUGCACUGAUGGAAAGCAGCCCCCCCUUCCCCCCCCCAGAGACCCCCAACUGCUUUCAUCAAACAGAGGUCCCACUAUGACAUCUCCGAGUCUGUGGCAGAGAAAGGAAUCCCACUCCAUAUAAUUGGUUUGUAAAAUAAUCUUCAGCAUUUUCCUGUCAGUGUGUGUGGGGGGGGGCUGAGGGGAAAAUCGCUGGGUAAACAGCAGCCCUGGAAUAGAUCAGCAGUCGCACUCUCCCCGGUUCGAUCCCCCCCGACAGACGAGCUCUAGUUCCUCUCCUUCUGCCGGAGGAUAAAAAGGGGAAGCCGAACCGCACAUCGGACACAUGGAUGCGACUGUCGCGCUGGGAGAGUAACCGGCAUGACUGCUUCCCAACUGGGGCAAUGGCAUGUGUGGCACAGGGCAAGAAGAGCCAAACUGGGAUCCUGCUGGACUCGCUGGUAGUCACUGGGCAGCCCGGAGCAAGGGAGAUUUAGAGCUGUGGGUGCUGAUGAUUGGGUGCUGCCAGUGGAUAUGGGAUCAUCUCUGCGCCGCUGCUGCCUGUGCUGCCUGCUCCUCUGCUGCGCCCUGCUCGGCUCUGCCUGCGCCCUGGUGGAUGCUGAUGAUGUCAUAACUAAGGAAGAACAGAUACUGCUCCUGUGGAACGCCAAAGCUCUGUGUGAAAAACUCCUCAGUUCCAGUGCGUCCAAGGCACAUGAUGGCUUAUGCUUGCCGGAGUGGGAUGGAGUUGUCUGCUGGCCCGAAGGAUUGCCUGGAAAUACAGUGUCUAUAUCUUGCCCUGAAUACAUCCAAGAUUUCAACCACAAAGGCCAUGCAUAUCGAAGGUGUGACAUGAACGGAAGCUGGGAGCUGGUGCCGGGAAAUAACCGAACAUGGGCGAAUUAUACCGAAUGUGCAAAGUACCUGUUCAACGAGACCAAGGAAAGGGAGGUGUUUGAUCGACUCUAUUUGAUAUACACCGUUGGUUAUUCCAUCUCCCUUGGCUCCCUGACAGUGGCUGUCCUAAUUCUGGGAUAUUUCAGGCGACUCCACUGCACGCGGAACUACAUCCACAUGCACCUCUUUAUCUCUUUCAUGCUGAGAGCCGGCAGUAUCUUUGUGAAGGACGCGGUCCUGUACUCGGGCUCCGCCCUGGAAGAGACGGAGUUAAUAUCGGAAGAAGAUUUGAAGUUUAUCACGGAAAUCCCUCCGGCCGACAAGAUGCAGUUUGUGGGGUGCAAAGUGGUUGUCACAUUCUUCCUCUACUUCCUGGCAACCAACUACUACUGGAUCCUGGUGGAGGGACUGUACCUGCACAGUCUCAUAUUCAUGGCUUUUAUCUCUGACAAGAAGUAUCUCUGGGGAUUCACGCUGUUUGGCUGGGGGGUACCUGCCAUCUUUGUUUUGAUUUGGGCACGGGAGCGGGCAACGGUGGCAGAUACAGGGUGCUGGGAUCUGAGUGCAGGGUAUUUAAAAUGGAUCGUUCAGGUGCCUAUCCUGGCCGCUAUAAUGGUAAAUUUUGGACUUUUUAUCAAUAUUGUUCGAGUUUUAGCUACAAAGCUGAGGGAGACCAACGCAGGGAGGUGCGAUACCCGUCAACAGUACCGGAAGCUGCUGAAAUCCACUCUCGUUUUGAUGCCUCUCUUUGGAGUCCACUAUAUAGUAUUUAUGGCCUUUCCAUACACCGAAGUGUCAGGGAUCCUAUGGCAGGUUCAAAUGCACUAUGAAUUGCUCUUCAACUCCUUCCAGGGUUUUUUUGUGGCCAUUAUUUACUGUUUCUGCAAUGGAGAGGUACAAGCAGAGAUCAAGAAAUCAUGGAGCAGAUGGACAUUGGCUCUUGAUUUUAAAAGAAAAGCUAGAAGUGGGAGCACCACCUACAGUUAUGGACCAAUGGUUUCCCACACCAGCAUUACUAAUGUAACCACACGGGGGACUUUAGCCCUGCAUCUCAACACAAGACUUGUAUCUACAGCCCUCAAUGGCCACAGGAACUUGCCAGGCUAUGUAAAAAAUGGCUCUCUGUCUGAGAACUCCAUACCUUCCUCAGGACCAGAUCAAUAUAACAAAGAUGAAGAAUAUAUAAAUGGCUCCGGACUGUACGACGGGGAAAGGCCUACCCCGGCAGUGGUAGAAGAAGAAAGAGAAACUGUCAUGUAAAUAUAUUCCAUUGCGGAAGGAGGCAUUCCACAGUUGGGUGGAACAAUCAACCCGGUUCUAUGUGGACCAAGAGAUGACCGCGUGGUCUGCUUCCUAUGGGUAAUGACGUGCUUCAGAAAAACCCACGGUUGGUUUCUUCUGAACAUCACAGGAAACCUAGUCACGUAUUUUACAUCUGUCCCAUGAGCACCAAAGCACAGAAUCACAAUCCACAAGUAAUGAUGGUCAUUACAGACACGUUUUUCCCAGAUAUGCCAGUUAAUUCUUUUCAAUGACUCUUCAAUGUUCUUCUCAAAAUAAUUAUUAGUCCUCUAUGUUAGAGACCUUUAUGUAAAUGGUUGUGAUAUCAGGCUACAGAGCAGCAUGUAAAGGACAAUGUAUAACGAUAGCUGAUAGGUCAACUAAGGCCUCUCUGUAUCCAUGAUGGAUUUUCCUCCAGAGAAGUAUCUCUGAUACCCUCAAAGCUACAAACCUCAUUCCAAACUAUCCAAUGGAAAUGUGUUCUUUCACAAAAAAUGAUGCACAUUUAAAAAAAAAAAAACCUGCAUCGUGAUUUGCUAUGAAAGCAGCCAAUCGGCUUCACCCAGGUCCUCAGCUAUGCAGCCACUGCAGCAAAUCUUGUGGAAGUAAUCUAGGGCAUUUCUGAAUUUGUUUAUGGAUUACUACAUGGGAACAGUUAAUCUGUACAGAUUAUCGAUUCCUCCCUCAGGAAAAUAAAAAAAAAAAAAUAUAUAUAUCGCGAGAAAAAAAAAAUUGUAUCUGUAUAAUAUGGAGUUCAAAUUGAAAACAUUACUUAUGUUUACAUUACUCAUAUAUUUUUAAUAUAUGGAAAAAUAAAUAGAAAUUAUAAUGAAUAAUAUAUAAGAACAAUGAAAUGUUAACUUUCUGGUAAGAUAUAUAAUAGCAAUGGAAGCACUUUCAUGCGUUAGAGUCAUUGUCUGCAGUAAAUAGUCUUUGGCAUAAACACGUGCGAGUCUUGUUGUUCCGCAACCCCCUGUUACAUGGGAAAGAUGGAGGUAUGUCCCCCUAUUGCCCGUUCCCAUAAGAACCCUCAGACAUGUAUAUUAAAGUGCUCUCCAAAUUCUUUUCAAGAGCUGUGAUGGUCUGGUAUAAGCUGCUCUUUCUCUUUAGAUCCAGGAUAUUUGACCCUUUUUAAAGAGAGACUAAAGCAAUCUGUUGCAUGCAAUUCACCACCUAGGCCAGAGAUCCCCAACCUUUUAUACCCGUGAGCCACAUUCAAAUGGAAAAAGUGUUGGGGAGCAACAC